UUCUCACUCACCAAACAUACAGAAAUACUCUUUGUACUCCUCAUCUUAUGAAUCUGGUGAUUGAUAUCUGCUUGGGUCAUCUCUGAUAACAGGCACUUCAUAGUGGAGGUUAUAGCAAUUUGAGAAAUGCUCUAAAAAACCUUCACUUCAAACCUUCUGUAUCACUCUCUCUCUCUAGCAAAAUUCAAUUUGUGUAUAAAUUCGAGAGGGGAUAAUAAUGAGUCUUGUGAAUCUGAGCUCGACAUGGGUUCAAUCCCAUUCCAUCUAUGGCCUAUCAACUAAAUCCAGAUCUACACAAUCCAAGUUCCUCCAUCCUCUGAAGGAAAACCCUAUUCCUCUCCUGUUUCAGUGCCCAACAACACGACGACCCAUCAUCAUAUCUCAUCCUUCUCUCUCCAUCUCUGCAAUUCUCACCAAGAAAGGGAAAGAAGAAGACAAACAAACCCAUGUGGAAUCCUUACCCACACCCUUCAAUUUCAAGGCCUACAUGGUCGAAAGGGCCAAUUCGGUGAACCAAGCCAUAGAAGCGGCAGUUUCGCUUCGGGACCCACUCAAAAUCCACGAGUCCAUGCGCUACUCCCUCCUCGCCGGCGGCAAGCGGAUCCGCCCUGUCCUCUGCAUCGCCGCCUGCGAGCUCGUCGGCGGCCACCAGUCCAUGGCGAUGCCGGCGGCGUGCGCGGUGGAGAUGAUCCACACCAUGUCUCUCAUGCACGACGACCUCCCUUGCAUGGACAACGACGAUCUCCGCCGCGGAAAACCCACAAACCACAAGGUCUUCGGCGAGGACGUCGCCGUUUUGGCCGGCGAUGCUCUUCUCGCAUUCGCGUUCGAGCACAUCGCAACAGCUACGAAAGAUGUGUCUUCUGAGAAAAUCGUUCGAGUGAUCGGUGAAUUGGCGAAAUCGAUCGGAGCAGAAGGGCUAGUUGCUGGCCAAGUGGUUGAUAUAAGUUCUGAAGGAAUUUCUGAUGUUGGGUUAGAACACCUUGAAUUCAUUCAUCGCCACAAGACCGCGGCUUUAUUGGAGGGGUCUGUGGUUCUUGGGGCGAUUUUGGGAGGUGGGUCUGAUGGACAAGUUGAGAAGCUGAGAAAGUUUGCGAGAUGUAUUGGGUUGUUGUUUCAGGUUGUGGAUGACAUACUCGAUGUUACUAAGUCCUCGCAAGAAUUGGGGAAGACUGCCGGGAAAGAUUUGGUGGCUGAUAAGGUAACUUACCCAAAAUUGAUUGGUAUUGAGAAAUCGAGAGAGUUUGCGGAGAAAUUGAAUGAUGAGGCGAAGGAACAGCUUUCUGGGUUCGAUCAGGGGAAGGCGGCACCGUUAAUUGCUCUGGCGAAUUACAUUGCUUACCGGGAAAAUUAAUGUGGUGUCGUUGUUAAAUUGUUUGUGUAAUUGAUCAUAGUGGAUUUGUGUAGGCAUUGCUCAUUCUGUGAACUAUAAUUCUAUAACUGAGAAUGGUAAAGGAAGUGUGUGAGCUUCAAUAGGUAUGGGUCAACUUGGUUUUAUUGUGCAUUAAUUUUCAUUUUCAUUGGAUUCCUUAGAGGAUGUAUUGAUCAAUGAUGAGCCUGCUUGAGCAGUCAUGAAUUUGGAACCUUUAAUUGAUAUGAACUUGUCUGUAAACUAGAGAAAUGUAAUCUAGCUGGGAGAAAAGGUUUAUUAUAGAAGGAUGUGGAUGUUAUGAUCAA